AUGGCCGGCCCUGGAGGCGGCCCACCCCGGAAAAGCCACACUAAAAGCCGAAAAGGAUGUCGAACUUGCAAACGGCGCCACAUCAGAUGCGACGAGACCUUUCCCCAAUGCAAGAACUGCUCCAAGCACAACUGUCGGUGUGAUUACAUGGACAUGCCAGCUGCUGGCGAAGAACCCAUGAAAGGGUCUCGACCUCCCGAUCUCAUGAUGUCUUCUGAUCUUCAGAAACGACUCGACAAGUGGCGCUUGACCGGGGAGAGCCUCUUGCCAGAUCUGCGGUCGCCCGAUCCUAUGUAUUGGACACGCUUCUCUACAAUCGACCUACGACUCAUCCAUCAUAUCGUCACGCUAGCCACCGAUCUCCACACCAGAGGCUACAGUCCCUGUACGUCUUGGGCUGCAAGAAUGCCUACCCUGAUCCCAGUUGCGCUCUCUCACGACUUUGUCAUGAGUGCGAUGCUUGCGCUGUCUGCGUCACACCUCGCCUGGCAGACCAAAAACCCCGAUACCGAGAACUUGGCCUACCAUCACCGAGGUGUGGCAUUGAAGGGCUUGCAUGGAGGACUCGGCCAGUUCUCGCGUGAAGUAUCCGAAGCUAUCCUCGCAGCUUCCAUGCUUUUGUCCUGGCAAGCUCCCGAAUGGAAAAGCUGGGCUUCAUUACAACAAGGCAUUUCUACCGUCAUGUCCUCCAUGCGUCCCUGGGCCCAUGAAUCGGAACUGGCAAGAUUUCUCGACGUGCAGAGAUCCAUCUCCCGAGCAAGAACACCGAGCACGCCCACGUUUCCCAACGCCACUACCGGAAUCCCAGACGACGAAGUCCGCCGCGUUGAUGAGAUGAUCACAGCCCUCCACAAUCUCAAGCUGCGUCUCGCCACGAAUCCCGAGAUGGCAGAACAUGCCGGCCACGUCCUCGACUACCUCACCGAAUUGCGGCAGGACUUCCCGAUUCCCUCGCCGGAGCGCGCCUUUGCCCGACUCCAGCCCCUGCGCGACUUGAUCUUCUGGCUUCCUCCCGCGGUCCUUCGCGCCGGCGAAUCCGACCUCCCAUCACUGACCCUCCUCUCGCACCUGUACGCAACAGCCCUCACGAUCGAAGGCGUCUUUCCCGAGAUCGGCGGCGCAUAUCUAGGCGGCAUGUGCCUCCAGCCCAUCGAACGCAUCCACGAGAUCCUCAACUCGCGCCGGAGCCAACAGCCCCAAGACAGCAGCUGCCAAGUCGCGCUCCAGAUCGUCGAGUACCCCAUGCGCGUGGUCGCGGCAUACAAGACCCAACAACGUAAGACCAGCAUUGGCCUCGAGCAGCACGCAUCCGUGCCCUACCGGCACUCGCCGCACCAAAGCCCAUCCUACAUGGCCUCGCACAUGCAGCUGGCGUCGCCGCCAGAAACAACCAGCACGCUGUACUCUAACUCACCCGUGCAGACACCUCAAGGUCUGCCGACGGGGACAGGCACAUACUUUUCCGGCUCGCAGUCUCUGACAUCCGGCCGUCGCGACUCGCCUGGCUUGCGGCCGCCGCAAUCGGGCCUCGGCGAACGCAGCUCCAGCAUGUCGAUGGUGUACGGCCAACACGCGACAGGCGCGGCGUCUCCCCACCUUCACCAGCAGCAGCAGCAGCAUACACAAGUGCGCAGUUCUCAUGACUCUAACCCAUCGCGAAUGGAGCAUUUUGGUCAGCAGCAGCAGUCAGCAGCAGCGUCAUCGCCCGGGACGCAGCCGGCACUGUCACAAUCACUCCAGCAGCAACAGGGUUACCAACAAUAUUACUCGGGCAUGACUACCGCUGCUCCUCAUCAUAGCCAUCAUAACCGGUUCGUCACUCCUUCGCAACUUUGGGCUUGA